AUGAAGGCUACCACCGCUUCUGUCCUGCUGGCGCUGUCCGCAGCUGUCAAUGCCCGCCCUACUGUCGAUACCGAGUACGCCUACACGGGUCCGGAGGUUCCUGUUGGCGAUUGGGUUGAUCCUACCAUCAAUGGCAAUGGCAAGGGAUUCCCCCGUCUGGUUGAGCCGCCUGCUGUGAAGCCCGCCUCCUCCAACCCGACCAACAACGUUAAUGUGAUUUCGCUGUCUUACAUUCCCGAUGGCAUUCACAUUCACUACCAGACUCCCUUUGGCCUGGGCCGUGCUCCGGAGAUCAAGUGGGGGAAAAACGCUAAGAACCUUAACAAGGUUGCUUCAGGCUUCACCCACACCUAUGACCGAACUCCGUCUUGCUCCCAAAUCAAGGCCGUCACCCAGUGCAGUCAAUUCUUCCACGAGGUCUCUCUCGACGGCCUUAGUCCUGGCACCACCUACUACUACCAGAUUCCUGCUGCCAAUGGUACUACCGCGUCCGAAGUCUUGAGCUUCAAGACCGCCCAGAAGGCCGGUGACUCCAAGCAGUUCAGCGUGGCUGUCCUGAACGACAUGGGCUACACCAAUGCCCACGGUACUCACAAGUACCUGGCCCAGGCCGCCAGCGAGGGUGCUGCCUUCGCCUGGCACGGUGGUGAUAUCAGCUAUGCUGAUGACUGGUACUCGGGUAUUUUGCCUUGUGCCGAUGACUGGCCCGUUUGCUACAACGGCACCAGCACUACUCUGCCCGGCGGCGGCCCCAUCCCCGACGAGUACAAGAAGCCCCUCCCUAAGGGCGAGAUUGCCAACCAGGGUGGUCCCCAGGGUGGUGAUAUGAGCGUCCUGUACGAGUCUAACUGGGAUCUGUGGCAGCAGUGGAUGGGUGAUGUCACCAAGAAGAUUCCCUACAUGGUUCUGCCCGGUAACCACGAAGCUGCUUGUGCCGAGUUCGACGGCCCCGGCAACAUCCUCACUGCUUAUCUGAAUGACAACAAGGCCAACAGCAGUGCUGCUGAGGAUGCUCUGACUUACUAUAGCUGCCCGCCUUCCCAGAGAAACUUCACUGCCUACCAGCACCGUUUCCGCAUGCCCGGUGAGGAGUCCGGCGGUGUCGGCAACUUCUGGUACUCUUUCGACUACGGUCUUGCCCACUUCGUCUCCAUCGACGGCGAAACCGACUUCGCUAACAGCCCCGAGUGGUCCUUCGCCGAGGAUCUCUCCGGCAACGAGACCCACCCCAAGGAGUCGGAGACCUUCAUCACUGACAGUGGUCCUUUCGGUGCUGUCGACGGCAGCGUCAAGGACACCAAGUCUUAUGAGCAGUACAAGUGGCUGAAGAAGGAUCUGGAGAGCGUGGACCGCAAGAAGACUCCCUGGGUCAUUGCCAUGAGCCACCGUCCCAUGUACAGCUCUGCCUACUCCUCUUACCAGCUGCACCUCCGCCAGGCAUUCGAGAGCCUGAUGCUCGAGAACGGUGUCGAUGCGUACAUUUCCGGUCACAUCCACUGGUACGAGCGCCUCUUCCCCCUCGGCACCAACGGCACCAUCGACACUGCCUCCAUCAUCAACAACAACACCUACCGCGCCAACCCCGGCAAGUCCAUGACUCACCUCAUCAACGGUGCCGCCGGUAACAUCGAGAGCCACAGCGAGUUCAGCACCGGCCAGAGCCAGGAGAACAUCACUGCUGUCCUCAACAACAAGGACUUUGGCUUCAGCAAGUUGACUGUCGUCAGCGCAGAUACCCUGAAGUGGGAGUACAUCCGCGGCGAGGAUGGAAAGGUUGGUGAUUCUCUGACGCUGCUGAAGCCGAAGAGCAAGAAGUCUGGCAAGCGGGCUCGCGCUUUUUAA